GCAAUGGAGACCUCCAAGGUACUGAGGGACAUGGCAUCAGAGCUGUCAAAGUCUAUGAAGCCAGAGUCUCUUCCACUCAUCACUGCUGAAACAUCUUCAGCGUAUGUUCACAAACGAGUUACCAAAGAACAAAAGAAGCCUGUUCUCAAGAAGAACUCUAAAAGUGCUGCACUCUUAAAAGCUGGUUACACAAAAGAGAAAAGGAUGUUUGAAAUAACGAUGAUGGUUUCAUUUGUUAUCCUCCAGCUGACCAUUAUGACUCUUGUAACGUAUCAUUUUAAGAGGCAAUACUUUGGAGCUUUCAUAAUGUCCUUAGUGUUUGGUGCAUUGUUAGCAGAUUUCAUGUCCGGUCUAGUCCAUUGGGCAGCAGAUACAUGGGGAACCGUGAAUAUACCUAUCAUAGGACAAGCGUUUAUCAGACCGUUUCGGGAGCACCACGUGGACCCGGUUGCCAUGACAAAACACGACAUAGUUGAGACGAACGGAGAUAACUGCAUGUUAUCCAACUUGUUCCUAGUUCCCUUACUUUCCUGUUGCUAUCUGUACGGGGAGGAGUGGAUGCUGCAAAACUUCUCUCUCCUUGUGUUCGGAGCUACUUUCACCAUCUACGUUUGUCUCACUAACCAGAUACACAAGUGGAGUCACAUGAUAAGUGGAGUGCCGAAGUGGGUGAAAGUGCUGCAGGAUGCCCACAUCAUAAUGCCGCGUCCUCACCACCACAUCCAUCACAUCUCCCCUCACGAGACUUACUUCUGUAUCACUGGCGGGUGGUUGAACUAUCCGUUGGAGAAGAUUCAGUUUUUCCAGACUCUCGAAUUUAUAAUCGAGGCUUUAACAGCGCACAAACCCCGAUCUGACGACCAGAAGUGGCUGAAAGGUUAAUAGAGUACAACACCCCUGUUACCAUGGUUACACCCCCUCUAGAGUACAACACUACACUGUUACCAUG